UACUAGAGGCGGAGGAAGCGUCCCGCUGCGCCAGCCCAGCUUCUCAAACACACCCGCGAGCGUGAGCCGCAGCCCGAGAGAGACACCAUGGUGAAGAUCGUGACCGUCAAAACCAAAGCCUACACCGACCAGAAGCCCGGCACCAGCGGCCUCCGCAAGCGGGUCAAGGUGUUCCAGGGCAAUGCCAACUACGCCGAAAAUUUCAUCCAGAGCAUUAUCUCCACGAUCGAGCCGAGCGAGAGGCAAGAGGCCACCUUGGUGGUGGGGGGAGACGGCCGCUUCUACAUGAAGGAGGCCAUCCAGCUGAUUCUCCGCAUUGCCGCUGCCAACGGGAUUGGCCGUUUAGUAAUUGGACAGAAUGGAAUUCUUUCUACCCCAGCUGUGUCCUGCAUUAUUAGAAAAAUCAAGGCAAUUGGUGGCAUCAUUUUGACAGCAAGUCACAACCCAGGUGGACCUAAUGGAGACUUUGGCAUUAAAUUCAACACUGCAAAUGGAGGUCCUGCUCCUGAAGGUAUUACAGAUAAAAUUUUCCAAAUUAGCAAGACUAUUGAAGAAUAUGCUAUAUGCCCAGAUCUAAGUGUAGACCUCAGUACCAUUGGAAAGCAACAGUUUGAUUUGGAGAACAAGUUUAAACCAUUUACUGUUGAAAUUGUGGACUCGGUAGAAGCAUAUGCCAAUAUGUUGAGGAAUAUUUUUGAUUUUAGUGCACUGAAAGCACUACUGUCGGGUCAAGACCACCUCAAGAUUCGUAUAGAUGCUAUGCAUGGAGUUGUUGGCCCAUAUGUAAAAAAGAUCCUUUGUGAAGAACUUGGAGCACCGGCAAAUUCUGCUGUGAACUGCAUACCCCUUGAGGACUUUGGUGGCCACCAUCCUGAUCCAAACUUAACUUAUGCUGCUGACCUGGUCCAGACAAUGAAGACAGGAGAAUAUGAUUUUGGAGCAGCCUUUGAUGGAGAUGGGGAUCGCAAUAUGAUACUUGGAAAACAUGGAUUCUUUGUUAAUCCUUCGGACUCUGUGGCUGUUAUUGCUGCAAAUAUUUUCAGUAUUCCUUACUUUCAACAGACGGGUGUUCGAGGGUUUGCCCGAAGCAUGCCUACUAGUGGAGCAAUUGACAGGGUGGCCAAAGCUACAAAGAUUGCUCUGUAUGAAACCCCAACAGGUUGGAAGUUCUUUGGAAAUUUGAUGGAUGCAAAUAAACUGUCUCUGUGUGGAGAGGAGAGUUUUGGUACUGGGUCUGAUCAUAUCCGUGAAAAAGAUGGACUUUGGGCUGUUCUGGCAUGGCUGUCGAUCAUAGCUGUUCGCAAACAGAGUGUGGAGGAGAUCCUGAAAGAGCACUGGCAAAAAUAUGGGCGGAACUUCUUCACAAGAUAUGACUAUGAAGAGGUGGAUGCUGAUGGUGCUAACAAGAUGAUGAAGGAUCUAGAGACCGUAUUUUUUGAUCGGUCAUUUGUGGGGAAGCAGCUAUCAGCUGGUGACAAAUCAUAUACUGUGGAAAAAGCAGAUAAUUUUGAGUACAGUGAUCCCGUGGAUGGAAGCAUCUCAAGGAACCAGGGUCUGAGGCUCAUCUUUGCUGAUGGUUCUCGCAUCAUCUUUAGACUAAGUGGCACGGGAAGUGCUGGAGCAACUGUACGACUGUAUAUUGAUAGCUAUGAAAAGGAUGCACCAAAAAUAUAUGAAGAUCCACAGGUUAUGCUGGCUCCUCUUAUUUCCAUUGCACUGAAACUUUCACAGCUUCAUGAAAGAACUGGCCGCACUGGUCCCACUGUCAUCACAUAAACACAUGACACAAGUCACUUGAAUUCGAUGUCCGGGAGUGGCUGUCAGUUGUGAUCAGCUCAUCUUCCUUUCUGUUAUCAAAUUUAACCCUAAAACUGCUAACACUGUAUUUAGAGCACUAUAAAGUGAUAAAAGGAUAGAUGUGAUUUUUUUUAAAAAAAGUUUACACUAUGUGUAUGCUGAUAUAUGUUGUCGUUUUAAUGUCACCUUUCUAAUUUGUGCAUAGUACAUUAUUUAAUAUAUCCUGUCUUUUGGUUUAGCAAGUGUUAAAACAAAUGGCUGUAUAAAAACAAUGGGGGUACAUCCUGAUAUAACAUUGCCCUUUCUGUUUCAGGAGUUCCUCCAAACUGUCUCUGCACAAAAGGAUUUUUUUGGCAAUAUGUAGACUUCCUUUUAAAACAUUGUGCUAACAAAUGUGCACUCACUGAGAAUGAUUGACUCUCUCCACUCCCUUGGAAAUACUCCUGUUUCAAAUAAUAUAUAUCAAUUGAACUUAAUGUGCCACAAUCUCCUGUACACAGACUCCACUGCCACCCCUGCACACAACUACGAAUACCAACAUAACAAUAAAUAAAAACAAAAUGGAGCACUA